CUGGCGCUGCGUCAGCGGAAGCGGCGCGGAGCGGCUGUUUCCGACCCGAUAAAGCGGCGUUGUCCCCGCGCGCCGGCCGCAGCCUCGGGAGCCGCGCCGCCGCCGCCACCUCUGCUGCUGCUGCUGCUGCCGCUCCUCCCCUCCCCCUCCGCUCCUCCCCUCAGCGCCCGGCGCGCGCUCACACUGACUGACCGACGGACUGAACGAGCGGCCGAGCCCCGAGGAGCCCCUGCCACAGUCCCGCUGUCCUCCCACCGCUGUGCCCCGGGGGCUCCCCUGCUGGCCUCGGCCCAGGGCCGGGUGUCCGCGGAGCCGCCUUCGCCCCCCUCGGCUGUUUCCCACCGCGGCCGCAGGAGACAGAUGACAGUGAAGUUACCUGUGUAAAAACUAUUUACUGUGCCUCCACGUUUGCACUACUUGAGGAAGGGAAGCCAGCUGUUUUAAUGCCCAGACUGCUUGAAUGACAGAUUAAUCAGUCACUCGAUGGGGAUUAACAGUGGACCGCCUUUUUGUGAUACCUUUUCACCUCUCUGUAGCAAGAAAAAUAAUUUCAGCACUUCUUCAAUAAUAAUGAUGAAACUGGUAUUAACUGAAUGGCAAUUAUGGAUUUUUAACUCUAAUUCACAGUAAACCAGCAAGCCAUAUGUUUAAAGUCCUACCAAAUACCUAUUUUGCUACAUGUCUCAGACAUAGGUGAGAAGUUGUGAGAUACCCCUUUGUACAAAGAGGAAUGUGUUAACCUGCAUGAGGAACGCGACAGAAGCUGAAAGAGAAGACACCCAUAUUUAUCAUUAAAGAUAUAUGAUAGUAUUAUUUAUAUAGAUAGAAUAAAGAUAUAUAUUUUUUGGUGGUAAUGAAAAUGGCUCCUCAGAAUGCCGACUCGGAGUCUAUGCAAGUCCAAGAGCUCGCUGCACCAGCCCCAAACCUUCAGAAAUCUGAAAAUAAGGAGAAUGAGAACCGUGAUGAGACAGUUAGCGAAGGAUCCAUAGACCGCAUACCAGUCCGUCUUUGGGUGAUGCAUGGGGCAGUAAUGUUUGGCAGGGAAUUCUGUUAUGCCAUGGAAACAGCUUGGGUCACACCGAUUUUGUUACAAAUUGGUCUUCCAGAACAGUACUAUAGCCUCACUUGGUUCCUUAGCCCUAUCCUGGGCCUCAUCUUCACUCCACUGAUAGGUUCUGCUAGUGAUCGAUGCACACUUAGCUGGGGCCGCCGGCGGCCUUUCAUUCUUGCCCUUUGCAUUGGAGUUCUCUUUGGAGUUGCACUUUUCCUCAAUGGUCCUGCCUUAGGUCUGGCCCUUGGUGAUGUCCCGAAUAAGCAUCCAAUUGGCAUCGUCCUCACAGUACUUGGUGUUGUCGUUUUGGAUUUCAGUGCAGAUGCAACAGAAGGGCCAAUUCGUGCCUACUUGUUGGAUGUCGUCGACAGUGAAGAACAAGACAUGGCUCUUAACAUCCAUGCCUUUUCAGCCGGUCUUGGUGGAGCAACUGGCUAUGUACUGGGAGGAUUGGAUUGGACACAGACCUUCUUGGGCGAUUGGUUUAAAACCCAGUAUCAAGUCCUCUUCUUCUUUGCAGCUGUUAUUUUCACAGUGUCUGUUGCCCUUCACCUUUUUAGCAUCGAAGAAGAGCAAUAUUGCCCUCAACAAGAGCGAAUUGAAGAAGCAGAUACCCUCUCCAGUGGCAAAUUCAGUAACAGCCUCCCCCCCCUCAGCCGCUUGAAUGUAAUUAAUGAGGGAGAGCCAUAUGGGGUUUCUAUGUUUGCUGAUGAAGUACAGUCUGAGCAUGAGCUCAAUCUGGACUAUCUUGAUGUGGACAUUGUAAGAAGUAAAAGUGACUCUGUACUUCACAUGCCUGAUGCAACAUUGGAAAUUGAGCCAGAGCUACUUUUCCUUCAUGACAUUGAACCUUCCAUUUUUCAGGACUCUUCAAAUCCUAAUACUCCCCGAAGCACCAGCCAGGAGCUUAUGAAAUGCAAACGGAGCCGUUUGUCCACUCUCCUCAGGGAAAAUGAAAAAGAAGAUGAUAUGUUGCUUGAUAAUCACUUCAAUGAAGCCAAAGUCCCAAAUGGCAGUGGCUCCCCACCAAAAGAUCUCAUCAAUGGAAAUUCUAAAAUGGCCUUGAAGACAUCGAACACUUCAGGCUCUAUUCGGAGGAGAAGGCACAUGUUCUACCGCCAGGCAUCUUGCACCUUUUCAUACUAUGGCAAAGUGGGAUCUCACCGUUAUCGUUUCCGACGAGCUAAUGCCAUUGUGCUGUUCAAGUCAUCCCGCAGCAUGAAUGAUAUCUAUGACAUACAGAAGAGACAUCGUCAGAGGUGCAGACAAAGGAAUCAGAGUGGGGCGACCAAUUCCAGUGGUGACUCAGAGAGUGAAGAAGGGGAAACUGAGACCACAGUCAUGCUGCUGUGGCUGUCCAUGUUGAAGAUGCCCAAGGAGCUCAAGAGGCUUUGCCUGUGUCACCUUGUGACUUGGUUUUCCAUCAUUGCCGAAGCAGUAUUUUAUACAGAUUUCAUGGGCCAAGUCAUCUUUAAGGGUGACCCUAAGGCACCUUCAAAUUCUACUGCUUGGCAUGCAUAUAAUGCAGGCGUGAAGAUGGGCUGUUGGGGAUUAGUCAUUUAUGCUACUACUGCUGCUAUUUGUUCAGCCCUCUUACAGAAGUAUUUGGACAACUAUGAACUUAGUAUAAGGGUGAUAUACAUCCUAGGAACCCUGGGUUUUUCGAUUGGUACUGCAGUGAUGGCCAUUUUCUCCAACAUCUACAUCGCCAUGAUAAUGAUCAGCACUAUGGGCAUUGUCUCCAUGAGUAUAUCCUAUUGUCCCUAUGUACUCUUAGGACAAUAUCAUGAGAUUAAGGAGUAUGUGCAGCAUAGCCCUGGAAAUUCAAGGCGUGGAUUUGGCAUUGAUUGUGCCAUCCUUUCCUGCCAGGUUUAUAUCUCCCAAAUCCUUGUGGCCUCUUUACUGGGUGGAGUGGUGGAUGCUGUAGGUACAGUCUGUGUUAUUCCCAUGGUGGCAUCAGUGGGAUCAUUCUUGGGCUUCCUGUCAGCAACAUUUCUGGUGAUUUAUCCUGAUGUCUGUGAAGAAUCCAAAGAAGAGCAUAAGGGACUGUCUUCUCGGCAAAUGGCUGGAAGUGGCCACACUGAGGAGAAACCCAAUGUUUUAAAGCUCUUUCGGAAAGAGGAGUCCCCAGUCUCAGUAGAGAGCGAGUCAGUCAUCUGAAUUUGCCAUUCUUAUUUAUACACAUUCCAAGCAGGAACUGGAGCCGAGUGUGGAGAUAGUCUUAAGAGGGGGGAGGGAGUAAGAGAAGUUCCUCAACGUUCUAUAAUUGAUAUUGCCUGAAUUAUGGCAUAAAUAAGAUUGUGUGCGAAAUGUACUCAAAAUUCAUUAGUCUUAGGUUAAGUUUGAACCAGUAGGCAAAUGUAUAAAACUGAUUGUUUUCUCCACUUUAAAAAAUAGGAAAAAAAAAAAAACCGAAAAACCCCACAUUGCUUAUGAAUUCUUUUUUUUAAAACUAAGAAUAAGAUCUUUUGAUUCCAACUAUUACUCAAAAUCUUCAGGUAUAUUGUUCUGCAUGUUUUUAACAUGUUGCUGUAUAGACAAUAAGCAAAUUUAGAAAAAUUAAGAAAUAUUUUGCCUUUUUUAGAUUGUAAUUUCAAACAGAAAGCUAUUUUGACAACUUUUAUGAGAUAUCAUCUGAAUCCCUCAGAUAAUGCUAGUUUAACUUGAAUAGACUCUUUUAUCAGAAAUUUUUUUCACAGACUACUAUCAGUCUGACAGCUAUAGUUAUUUGGUCAAAUUUCACCAUAUUUUUUUGAUGCAACUAUUAAAUAUUUUUCUUUACAAUCACUUUAGGGGGAAAAACAUACAAGUGUAGUUUUCUUUUUAAAAAAAUUCAUUGGACAUUUUCCUCAAGACAGACUGAUCUAGGCCCAGGGGAUGGGGGUUAGGGGUGGGAGAUAGGGUUGGGAACAUACCAAAGGUGGGGGGAGCAGCCCGGAAGGUGAUCUUGUGUUUGAAACACCCACUUGACAAGGACAGUUUGUUUUUAAUGCAUCAUCGGAACAUGCUGUGAUAUGACAUUAAGAGAAGACCCUUUAUUUGAACUGGUGAAUGUGCUGCAUUGUGUGUCUGUCUGGUGUGUGGGCCCGUGUGUUUGUGGUGAGAGAUAUGUUGUUUUCCGUGUCACCUGAUGCUGAUCAUCUCUUAAGCAACCAGAGGGUAUUCUCCUAUUCUAAGCCAGCUUCACAGAAUGGGUGGGGAGCCCUCUGGGAAAGUGAGGGUGGGGAUUUUUAUUUUUUUAAUUGCACUUUUUAUCAUCUUGAACCUUUUGUUGGGGAAAUCAUGAGAGCUGAGUUGAAGGCCUAGCGCCACUGUGACAGCAUGAAGGCCUACCUCUGAUUGGCGUGGGAUUGUCUGGUGAUCACAGAAUCCAUGUCUAAGGUGGCCUUGGGCCUUUACAGGAAAAAAAAAAAAGGAUCUCGGUGAGCUUGUGUGCCUUGCCUGCCGCUGGGUGGGUGGCAGGGGCACCCACUGCAGCCCUGGGGCCUCUGCUGACCUCUCAGCUACAGAAUCCUGGAAUUUGGACUUUCUUAAGGCAAUCUGAUGGGCGUGGGCUUUUUUCCCUCCAGAACAAAAGGAAAGACUGCUCUGUUUUCUACAUUUAAGAGAACCUUUAGUAUUUCCAGUUUUCAUAUACAAGCAAAACUCAGAGUGGGGGUAAAAGUAGAAAAUGCAGCUGCUAUUUGGAAACUUCUCUCCAACCACAGUUUCUCUGUACACCAAGAAGCUCCUGCUCUUUCUUGUUAGCAGUGGCCACUGACUGGGAGGAAGCAGAUGGAUUUCAGGGAAGAGAGCCGGGAGCCCGAUGCAGAUUAAACUGAUCAAUUGAGACAAUUGUGGUACUGCUGCCUCAAAGUAGUUGUUUUUUAAAAUAAAGUACUUUCAGAUGCAUGUGAAUCAUGCUGCAAUAUGAUCAUUCAAAAGCAAAUAUAUAUUUCAAGAUAAAACUAAGAAGUUUUUAAAAUAAAUUACUUGAAUUUUCAGUGUAUAUAAGAGAAUGAAUAUGUUUUAAUGUACUGAUCUAAUCUACAUUCUUGCCAGUGUCUGUAAGUUGCUGAUGGGAAUAUGUUUCUUUUGUUUGUUUUGUUCAUAAUAGCUUUCUCAGUCUGUGUUCAUUUAAGUUAGACUCCUACCAGAAACAAAUGUGCUGUGUUAAGUUGCUGGAAUUUCCUAGCUCACAAGGACACCAAAUUGCACAGGACUUUUUCCAAGUCUCAAAUGUUGCUUGACUGUUUUCUAAACUUUGGUGGGUUUUUUGUGUGUAGAACUCUUAUGUGUAUGUGAAUUUUUUUGCUUAGACAAAAACCAACAGUACUACUGAAGGCAUUUACAAUCUUACUCAAAACCAUGCAGUUUGUUUAAAGUUCGCUUGCUACCCUUCGGGAAGCUGGCUUUUCUAUCACCUUUCAUUCACUGGAACAAGUUCUGUAGGCAGGGAGUCUUGGGGAUUUUUCACUAGGCUUGAUGCCACAGGCAAGUUGUGAUACACAGCUCACUUCAUAUCAUUUUACACCUUUAAAAUACUGUUUGUUAAGACUUUUGAUUGUUUAGAGGGCCAUGGUCAUAUGGCUAAAGGCUUGUUGAUCCACUUACAGGUGCUACCCUUUUAAAAAUUCAGAAAAAGAAUGAGGGAAAGGUUAUAAUGAGAACACAACCAGUAUGUUUAUAUUGUUAAUACAUCUUCAUUUUUUUUUUUUAAUGAAUUAGAUGGACCUUUCUUUCCAGAGCUCUGUUGCCUGUAGAUUAUCUCAUUUUGCUGGUUGCAAAUAUGAUGUUUAUGUGGCAGGUAACUUAAGGAAUACCAAGGAUGAACAAUAUUAAUACUUGUUCACAGACAGGAAAGAGAGACUGGGUACAGAAAUCCUAAAUUUCAGUUUUAUUUUUUGCCAACAGGUAGUGUCUACAGGGCUGUUCCUAGAGGAUGAUGGCCAUCUUUAAUCCAUGUCUUCAUCUUUUACAUUCAAGUCUUCACUCAGACCAUGGUCUUUUAAAAAGAAUAAAGUUAAAAUACCAAAAACUAGCAUGUUCAAAUUUUAAGAUCUUAUAAAAGUAACUUGCAAUUUGGUUAACAUCUUUUUACAGAAUAACAUUCAUGAAAAAGUUUUUAAAAUGUGCCUGAUGGCACGCAGUCACUGUCAAUAUGUUCGGGUUUUUUUCCUUUUUUUCUUUCUUUUUUUUUUUUAAACAUGGGCAGAAGGAAAUUGCUGCACACUUUGGUAGAAAAUUUUAAGCUAUAAUUUCUUCGGAUGUUUUGCAACCAAAGUAUAUCUAGUACUAUGUAAGCUAAUGUUUCUACAUCAGAAACAAAGGGGAAAUGCCUUGCAGUUUAAGCCCAAAAAGAUUCUGGUAAUGUUGAAGCUCUGCAGUUUAGCUUUCAGGGAGACAGACACAUUAACCAAUAUUUCCUUGGUUCCCCUUCUGUUCUCCUCCCUUCUCUAUGCCUGAGAUAUAUAGAGGAUAAAUGUCUUCUCACUUCUUAGGAUGUUGGGGAGUCCUUUUGUCUCAGCUCCUCAAUGGCAGUCAAAUCACUUAAAAGAUUGUACUGUUGAAAGUGUAAUCACCUUGUGUCUUAAAAAGAGAUGGGAGGAAGGAGUUUUAGCAUUUUUCCACAGCAGAUUUGUAACUGCCUGAGUGAAAACAUUCUCUAUUUUAUAUAUAUCUAAAAUUAGACUUCAGAUAAAAUAUGUACUGUAGCAGAAUUGAACAUUAGUGGUUAAUGGUAAGGGUGAUUUUUUUCCUUCUCUUAAAAAUGUGUCUGUAUAUUUUCAUAUCAGCAAAUCUGAUUUGACUGUUACUGUACUUUUUGAAAGGUUCAAGUAGCUUAACAUAAGCUCUCCGUACUGUGCACUGGGUAAAACACUUGGUUUAGCCAGCAUCUGGCCUAGUGUUUUAUGAAAACAAAACUUAUAAAGGUUGUCUCACUAGGGAUCCUCAGGGUUGAAGACUCUGGUGGCUGAAGAACACAUUGAGAGUUAAGCAAGGUGCCCAGAAAAAAAUGUGUUUUUGUCCAACAGAAUGGGAAUUUCUCUGGCCUGCUUCUUUCAAUUGCUUGAUUCCUAUGCAUUAAAAAUACCCAUUUCCAAAAUAAUUGACCAUUUAUCAGAUUUAGGGAUUAAGACUUUUCUUUCCCCUAUUGUAUGUAGAUGAGAAUUAAGGGAAAAAAAAUGAAUUCUUAAAAGUUUAUCCAGUAUUGGAAAGAAAUAAGAAGAUGGUGUGGGAGGGGUUUGAACUAUAUCCAUUACAGUUAUGAGUGUGAAGUUUGGGGGUCUUGCUUGUGUCCCCUUUUGCAUUGUUCUCCUGUUUUCAAAGGGUCACUUUCAAAGUUUGACCACAAGAAGCUCUGGAAUGAGUCUGAUGAGCUGGGAAUUCUGUUAACUGUAGUAUCUUAACUGAAGCAGGGGGAAAAAAAUCAGUCUUUUAAAUAGGCUUUGCAGCAAAUGUGUGGGUUUUUUCAGGUGCAAUUUUAUGACCAGUUUAACUAACAGAAAGACACUUGAUAUUAACCUGCUGGGGUUAACAAAGAAAUGAUGAAUAAAGAGGGAUUUUCAUCUUAGUUUGAAGACUCCUGACAUUAUAUCUAGUUACCUUCUGUGGUAGCAGUGCUCAGUGCCCAGAAGGUUCUAGAAGGUGGUGGGUGUUACUCUUCUAAAUUCAUUUUUAGAUUGUCCCAAUUGCCCUGGUUAAUUUGAAAGAGAGCUUACAAUUUGAAGAGGACAUCUCCCCUCCAUACUUAUUCAAAGCAAGUUUACUUAUUUAUAGCAGUCCUUUAAAAGAUCCUUCUUUUAAAAAAAAAAAAAAGUUUUAGGCAAUCGUCAGGACUAGUGAUCCCAAUAAGUCUCUCCACAUCACGUUUACUGAUGUAUGAAAAAGAUCAUCCUGUUUUCCAGAAUUUUUUCCCUAGGCUGAAUAAAUUAUUCUUAGGUACAGAGUAUAUAAAGAGCAGCAAAAUGAAUGCUAACUUCAUUUCAUAGCAUCCCAUCUUUAAGUUUGGAAAGUCUCUUAAUGACAAGUCUCUUUGUCAGCCAGUCCCACUACCAAACAAGUGAAAAGAGCACCAAAUGUUGCAGGAAAUAAAUCCCUGGAACAGAGGGAGAGAGAGAAUUGUGUUGUGUGUGUGUGUGUGUGUGUGUGUGUGUGUGUGUGUGUGUAUUUGUGAAAAAAUACCAAAUUACUAACUUUUAGUAGACACCUUGCUUCUAUCUUUUGUGUCUGUAUCUGACCCACCAAACUGUAAAUUAUAUGUGCUAAGGGGUCCUCCCCUGAAAGUGAGCUGGCCAGAGCAAAUGUAAUUUCCAUGUUACAUUGGGACAAUAGUGCUUCCUUCUGAUGAAGUGCAGUAUUUUAGCAUCAAGUGAGAUAGGAUAUUAUUGGGGAAGCUUUCCUCAAAAACAGUCUUUUCUUCCUCUUUUCGUAUUAGGUUACCAGUGGCAAUACUUAUCCCUGGCACCCCCAAAUGAGACAAUCCAAAAUCAUUUAAAAAUAAAUCAUUUGUUACCUAAAUUUUAUUUACUUCUGAUGUUUGAUUUUCUUUGUGCAAAAGUCAAAUUUUCCAAUGCAUCAGAGAAACAACUUAAGAAGAAUCUGUCCUCAUUGUUUUUUCUCCUUGGCCUGAAAGCCUGAAUUCAAUUCUUCAUUUAUGGCUGGUGAAUAGGCUCAUUUUCAUGGCCAGUGGAAACCUACUAACCUGUCAAAAACUGUCAUCCUUGCUUUUUUGUGUCAAAAAUUCCCAAAUGACAUUGGGGAAGCUUCCCCACUGAUGACAGAUUUUUUUGUUUUAUUUUGUCCUUAAGGUAUAGGAGCCAUCAAGGAGCUUUCUUGUCCCACUAAUGUUUUCAAAUAGAAUAGUUCUUAUGUAACAUGGAAAUGAGUUUUCUCUUGGGAGCUUGUUUAAAUGCCUCGUGUCAAUGGAAAAGCUGCAUAUAGGCAUCUCAUAACAGAAAUAUUUAGUUCCGUUGUGAACUGGUGGUAAUGACAACUACUUUUUAUCAACUUAUUAAGUUGGGGCACUAUACUAGCUCUUGCUGAGUUUAGCAAUGUUAUAUGUGUGUGUUAAACACAUAAUGUUGUUAAGUUUUAUGAGAAAAAAAGGGAUUAAAGCAAAGUAAUGUCACAGAUGGAAUUUUUUUGAGUGCAUCAAUGGCACAAUAUUGCAUUUAUUUCUAUGCUGUUGAGCUUUUGGGGGAUUUAUUUUUUAAGGUAAAGGAUUUGUUGCAUGACCGACUGUUUUUACUGUUCUGCACUUUCUGUUUGUAUAAUCUAAUUUCAUUUAUGAAUAGAAAAGGGGGGGUGGAUUUAGACAUACACUCUAUAUGUGUCCCAGUCCGUUAUUCUACAGUUGAAUCUUAAUAAACAUUUCAGUAAGUUUAUGAAA